AUGUGCAAGGAUGAGACGGCGUCAGCUGAGGACGCCAAAACGGCACUAAGUGAGAAGGCGGAGUCCAAGGCUGCGGACAUUGCCACGCUGAGUGAGCAGCUGGAAACGCUGGAGCGCGAUGUUGCUGCCGAGAAGAAGGCCAUUACCCGGGUGGACUGGGUUGUCGCCACUGCCACAAAGCUCCGCGAGAAGGCGCUGCUGCGGUGGAUGCUGCUGGGACGCAUGGAGUCCAUUGCGGUCAUGCAUAAAGCCAUGAACUCCCUCGAGAAGUACCUGGAUGAGGUUGGCAUGCAGGAGUUCGGCUUCUUGCUGGAGUCGGCCUCGCCAGGUCCCUGCAAGGCGUUAUCGAAGCCGUGCGCGCCGAAGUGGAGCAAGUCAGACUUCGACCCUCAGCUGCAAAGCCCGCAAGAGUUGAUGUGCGCGGUGGACAACAAUGGCGGUGGAAAGAGCCGCUGGCCGCCGGAAGGAACCGCUCGCUUCACGACUUUUGAAUGUGAGGCAGCUGACCAGGCCGCCUACGUUCAGCUGAUCGAGGUGGCUCGCAAGUCUCGUCGGAAGGAUGCCUACACGCUCACCGAUUUCGUGGGUGGUCAGGCAGCACUGGCAGCUGAGUCGCAGCGCAUCCAGGACAGGCAGAAGGCCUUGAAGGAACAGAUGGGCCUCGCCGACCAGCUUGCCUCGACUCUGAAAGAGGAAUGCGAAAAGCUCAUUGCCGACUACAAAGCAAAGAAGCAGGCGCGAAUAAUGGAGGUGGAUGUUCUGAAGAACAAGAAGGCUGCCCUCGAAGCUUCUUUGGCUGACGUGGACCUCGAGUAG